UUCUUGACGAUGAUGAGCAUUUCUGACGGAGCUGGCAACCCCACUGCCAGUCUGGGGGGCGGUAGCUGGUCGGUGUUGCUGUGUGAAUGGAGCUGAGAGGAGCGCAGGAUGGCUGCUAAUGGAUUUAAAUGGGUUUUCGAAAGGGGUCGGAGCGUCAUGAAAACUUACGGCGUGUUGGCGCUGCUGCUGCUGGAUGCUUUCUUCGGUUCUACACACGGGUAUCUGAGCUCUGCACAUGUGGGUCAGGAGCCCCCACGUUACACUCCUCAGCACAGCCCUGCAGUGAGCAGUUCAGCUGUGUCCACUCCAUCCUCAGAUUCUACAACUGUUACUGAGAAUUACACAGCCAAGUGUCCCAGUGGAGGACUGUGCACCAAGUUACCGGCAGACUGCUUCACCUGUCAGUUUUAUUACAACUGCAGCUACGGCAAGCCAGCCAACUUCACCUGUGCGCCCAAAAAAGGAGUAGAUUGUGUGAAUGAGUCAAAUCAAGCGCAGGUGAGCUUUAACCUGACUAUGGACUGUCAGUUUUGCUGGCAACUGGAUUCAUCUCAGUACCGCUGCAACAUCUCAACCACCUGUAUGACUGUGUCCUGCCCUCGCAAGCGCUACAACACCACCUGCAAGGUGCUGGACCACGUCAACUGCUUAGGGAAGAGGGAGUUUCAGAAGCGUCUUUUCUGCAACUGGACUGGAGGAUACAAAUGGUCUACAGCACUAACUCUCAGCAUCACGUUGGGUGGGUUUGGCGCUGACCGCUUCUACCUGGGCCAGUGGAGAGAGGGUCUGGGCAAGCUCUUCAGCUUCGGGGGUCUGGGCAUCUGGACCCUGAUCGACGUCCUUCUUAUCGCCGUGGGUUACGUGGGGCCGGCGGAUGGAUCUCUCUACAUCUGAGACUUUUUCAAAUUUUAAAAAGUUAAAUAUCUACACUACCGGACUAUUGAUGGACGGUGUCAAAAAUUAGGCCGUUUUCAUGCCUGCCUGAGUGACUCCAUAGCUGUCUGCAUGAUUUCCAGUCCUGUUAGCACACGUGCGAGUGUCCAAACUCCCACUGCUGUCGAUUCCCAUCUGCUUGUGCAGAGGGCUCUGGCUCAUUGGUUAUGCGUUCGGCUCCAUGUGCUGCUGAGAGAGGAGGCGGCAGCAGCAGCGGCAAGGGGGAAUCUGCACGCUUCCACACUCCAUGCUGCACACGCUGUAGCGAGAAAACCCAUGUCCACUUUACUCUGCCUUAACUGUGGCUGAUGGAGGUGGUCAGCAGCAGCGUGGCUUUCAUUUUCCAGGACUGUGCAGACAGGCUCGGCGUGAGACUUUGCAGCGAAGCUCAGAGACGCGUAAUGGCCACUCUAGCUGGCUGGAGACGAGGAAUUGAAGUAACUGUAAUUGCGAAAGUGGCCUGUCUGACAUGGACUCCAUCUCGCAGCGGAGUGCUGCGUUCUGUAACAGUUACGAACUCUGUGAUUGGCUUUUUAAGUUUCUUUUUCAAACUGGGUCAAAAAGACCUGAGAUGUGUCAUUUGUGGAUGUAAUGACUGUACAUAAAAAAAACAGUUAAUUGUGCUAAGGUUGCCUAGCCGGUAAUUACAUGUGUGCCACUAUUUGUCUGUUCUACUUUUCACUCUUUAACCUCCAAAAGGCAGUAGUGAUAUGACCACUGCUUCAACUGUUUAUUUAUUGUCAUGCUGUCAGUUCUUCUUGAGGUCGUUAGGCUCACUAUUCAAAUAUAUUUGCUCUGUCCACCAGGCUGGAUACACUUUGAGGACCUUGACCAGUCAUGUGAUACUUAAAUGGGACCUAAAGCUUAAAAUAAACCAUUGCAAAAUG